UCUCGUCGAGCCGCUCGCUCUCUUGCCGCCCUUGGCACAGCAUGUCUUUACUACCACACCAUGAUCAGCUUGCCUACCAGCUCGGCAACUAAGCCGGCACUCUGACUCUCAGAGCGAACCAUCUCAAGAUGACUGUCCCAUCGUCGUCGUCGUCUUCACCACCAGGCAGUGUGGGGGCCUUUGUCGGGGAGGCGGCGCACCACUACUGGCCAGACGUCAUCCCUGAGGCUGAGCCUGCGCCUGAUGCUGCUGCUGCCGCCUCUCUCGGUCCCAUCGAAUUAGACGACAUCUCUCAACACCACCUGUGGCUCAUCCUGCGCGCCGCCCUCACCCCCACCCCACCGCAUCGCAUCGAAUCCGUCUUCUACUCCACCCUCGAAGCACUCAGCACCAUUUCCUCCCCCGCUACCCUCGCCGGGCUCCAAUGUACGGCCUGCAUACGAGACAAAGCUGAAGCUCAACUUCGCACCGCUGUAGCAGAGGAGGAUGCCGCGACAAAGGGAAAGAGUAGCGGCGGCGGCGUCGCACCGCAGCAAUCGAGAUGGGCGAAACUGGCCUGGCCUGCCGCACCUUGGAGAAAUGCGAUGGGCAACCAAGCUUCUGUGGCCGUGGCGGCGGCGGCGGCUGGCGGUCCAGUCGAAGCAGUUGAAGCAAGUCUGGAGGAGGAGGCACAGCGUCAAGGCCGUUCGAACGUGGAGAUGAGCAAGGAGGAACGCGCACUUAAAAGGGAAGUGGCGCUCGCUAUUCUCAGCAAUGCUCUUUGGCUCGUCACUACUCAGCAGCAGCAGCAGCAGCAACAGCAACAGCGUCACGACACUCCCCCUUCAUCUGCUACAUCCUCCGCCCCAUCCUCGGCGGCCAACAGUAGAGCCCGGCGCGAGCCUGGAAAACGAGGCGCUCUACCCACGUUCAUCCCUCCGGCCAUGGCAACGACGGCUAUUAGUGCCACUCCAUCUCCAGCGGCGGUGGAGCUCGAGGAGAGUCCGUUUCAUCGGCAGGGCGCUGCGGCUGCCGGUGCUGGAGCGCCAGGCAAGGGGGAGCAGGUCGAGUGGACGGUCCUGGACUCGAAUAGCGGGAGCGACAUCGAAACCGGGAGUGGGAUGGCGACGCCCCAACUUGAGCCGGCAGCGAUACCUCUACCACCUCAAUCAGUCGCUCCGCCAAGCGAAGCAAUGCAACGCCUCACUUCCCUCAAUGUCGCUGCAGGUCAUAAUGCAGCGCAGCAGCAACGACGUCUGCCCGGCGAAAGCGAAGCUGAACCUGCUCGAUCAUCAUCGAGGGACCCUUCUCCUUCAGCAGCUUCACGGAAAGAUUCCCACUCUUCUCUUCUGGCGGCCGGGGGAACGGAGCGGGACUUCCCGCCCGCAGCAAGCGGCGAAUGGAAGGAGCGAGCCAAGAUGAUUCUUGUUGACUGGAGGGUCCAAGUGCGUUUUGAUGGCGACGAAGCCGGUUGGGAACAGCAACAGCAGCACGAGGGCAUGACCACGACGAAAUCGGAGCGCACGAUUCGGGCUGACGAUACGUGCAAGGGCAAGGCGACGCUUAAGCCUCAGCGCCCGAAUGGCUUUGUCGACUUUCAACCUGCGGUCUGGAGGGGGCAGGACCUCCACUCGUCGACGAGCUCGAGCGGGGCUGCGAAGCAGGUCGAGGACAAGGAAGAGCAGGAGAGAUGCAAACGACACGGCGGAACCUUCAUUGUGUACGCGACCGACGAGGAGGAAGCGAUAUUGCUAAGAGAGACGAUCCAGGUUGGACUAUAUGCCGCUUCUUCCAUGCUCCUGCAAACGGGACUCCUCACCGACUUGGGCCAUCCCCGGGCAAAGAGACCCGACCUCGUGCCGACUCCUACGUUCGCGCACGCAACAUCGCAGGACGAGCAGGAUGUGGAGACGAGCAGUAUAUCGAGCCAAGAUAUGAGGAACGUGGCUGCGGAACCCACCUCACCAUCGCCGCACCGUCCCGCGGGGAAACGCUGGGGUAAAGGACUGGGCUUGUGGGGAAUGCUACAGUCCGGAUCGGACGCGGUAUCCGCCGCACUGGGAGGAUCAGGAGACGGCCCUUUCAAGGCAGCAGACGUGACGAGUGGCACGCCUACAGGCCGCCCCAUGCUGAACAGAACCCGUACGGACGAAAUGGUCGGAACCGUUGGGACGCACAGCCGUGAUGGCAGCGGGGACGGGCCGUCUGCCACACGCCUGCGGCAUAGGCUGGGACGCUUCUUCAACAACCUCGCAAGCGGGAAGGGCCAGCGCCAAGGAGACGUAUCUCGCGAUCGCGGCGAGGAGGACGAAGAGGAAGGGAGCGAGGACGGUGGGCCUUCAGGGCUUAGCUCUACCAUCUCGUCGCGCAGCGCUUCAAUUGACUUCUCUUCUAGGCCUGCCAAACCAUAUCGCCCGACCAAUACCAAAAUCAACGCCAACGCCAGGAAAGGUGCCCGCCCCCCUCCUCUCCCGCCACUGAGCACCACGCCCGAGUUGAGCUCCCUCUUGACAAAGUGGGCCAAAUCAGGCCCCACGUUAAAGGGGCAAGCCUUCCUGCGGAGAUUCACCGAGCUACAGCGCAUCGCACUUGGGUCGCCUCUUUCCUGUGCAGGGCUGACAUUGGGAGCAGGCGCGCAGGGUCCCCCGACCCCGAUGACGCCGGAGGGCAGAGCGGGCGGCCCCGGCGGAGGAGGAGGGUACUUUAGCUCCCUUUCCUCGGCCUCGAGCCUACCGGUUGACGCGAGGAUGGGCGCAGCCUCGUCUUCGACGACAGCAGCAGCCGCAGCAGCGGCAGCGACAGCGGGCAAUCCGCUCUACUGCGAGGAUAUACGCUUCUACCACUCCCGCUGCGGCGUGCCUGGGCGCGAUGUGCCAUUGGGCCAGAUUGUCGAGGAUCUCUGUACGCGAGCCCUGCAUCAGCGAGGGAGAACGAUGUCGGUUGACGCUAAGGCGAAGCAGCCGCCGAUGAGGGUGCAGCAAGAGGGGGAAAAGGAAGUGAGGACGAGCUGGUUUCAUGGGAAUUGGGAGGUUGUGCUCUCUGCGAAGGCGUUGCCACAGUCGAGCAGCAGUAGCGAAGUGUCGCUCAAGCCGAGAGUUGGAGGCGACCACCUCGAAGAAGCAAUCCACGCCGACCGGGACGCGGCGCGUACGGCUGUGCUUCUUGCCGAGCAGGCUGUCAAAGCUGCGGCAGCAGGUGCAGGAGGACAUCCCUCCUCAUUCUCCUCGUCUUCCCCCUCGAGCAUCAUCACAUGGUCUCUCAACACCAAAACCGGCAAAGAGACGCCCGCAGUCACCCUCUCCCCCUCCACCUGGCUCAUCUCAUUUGCCAAGUUCCUCGAGACCCUCGUCUACCAUCCCGCCCUGGCCCCGCCGCAGGACACGGUCCAUUUCUUUGCGUUGCGCGACGCAGCCGUGCUGAAGGUCGUGGCUAGGCCGCUGAGAGUGUACGGUCUGCACAUCGAGGGACCGGUCGUACGGACUGGGGAAACGGAGACAGAGGGUCGUAAGGAGGAGGAGCUGACGGUUGGCAAGGACAAUGUAGCGGUCGCAGAGGUCGCGCUGGAUGCCCAGCGGUACUACGCCUCAGUGAACCAUCACAUCGUCAAGCUUGAGAGCGUUCUGGCUGCUCGAUCGGACGCCUCUUCUCUCCCCGCCCCUGCCACUGCCGCAGCGGUACCAUCAUCAGCAGGGACUACGUCUCCCCUCGACCUACUCCAUCACCUCAGUACGACGCUCCAGGCCGACGAGCACGACCUCUCCACGCUCAUCGGCUCCACCUCCCCUCUCUACAUCAACGACGCGCGCAAAGCACUGCGGGACUGUUGCGUCUCCUCUCGCUCGCGACUGCGGGCCUGGCAAGAGAAGCACCUCACCCCCGCAGAGAGGAAGGCGCUAGGCGAAACAACGUACGAGGAGCCAGAUCACGUUGUGCGCAAAGGGUGGCACGCUUUGCCUGGUUCCAGAUUCGUCGUGAGGGAGGACGAGCCGUUGAGCCUUGUGGCUUUUUCGCUCGGCUCGAGAGAUGUUCAGGCAGAGCUGCUGCAGCAGAGCGAUCCGCCUGCCGAGGCUGGUGGGGUGGAUAUAAUCAAUUGGCGCGAGAAGGUCGGAGAACGCUCGCAGCGGCCCGCCUCGCUGACAUCUUCUGCGACGGGCAGCGCAGGUCCGGACGACGAGGCGUGGCAAGUCGAACCGGAGCGCGUUAUAUCGACGAUUAAGCGCAAGAAGAGGGGCAGGGAAGCAUCCUUCCUCGCUUUGACGUUGAGGAGGGUUAGCUCGAGCUUGUCCUCUUCUUCGCAGUCCUCCGCAGACUUAGGGGAGAAGGAGGUAGGCGCGGAUCAGGAGGAGGAUGAUACAUCGUUGCGACCGCACGAUUCGCCGAGCACGAUCAGCUCGACCCUUACUGGCAGGGAGACGUUCAAGGCCGAAGUGAAUCGUGUACCAGCCUCUGCAGGGCUGGGUCGUGGUAGGCAGACGCCGCUUGCUUCUCUCUUUCCGGCAGGGAGCGACGCACCCGAAGCCAAUGGCAGCCCGUCCCUGCUCGCCCCACCGGCCACGGGUAGCAUGCGCUCCACCUCUCAGCCUGUCGUCGCCCCUCCGUCAUCGUCAUGGAGCUCCGCCUUCUCCAGCCUAGGCAGCAAGUCCGGCGCACGCCUUGGCCCCUCGACGCCAGCGGGCGUUGAGUCAUCGCCGCACAUCAAGCAUAGCAUCACUCACGGUUCGACGAAGCUGACCUGCACCUCCUGGUUCGCCAGCGAGUUUGCAACGCUCCGUGCACUCUGGGGACUCGACGAAGCCCGCUACGCCGAGAGCCUGAGUCGCUCUGCCCCUUGGCAAGCCCUCGGGGGUAAGACGCGAAGCAGUUUCUACAAGACGGCGGACCAGCGUUGGGUCGCCAAGGAGCUCCUGUCCAAAGGCCACGCACUGGUCGCGGGAGUGGAUGAGCUGGCUGCCCUGCUAGAACUGGCUCCGGCGUACUUGAAGUUCAUGGGACAUGCGGUGCAGGAGGGGUGCCCGACGUUGCUUGUCAAGAUUGCCGGGGCAUACACGUUGAAGGUGAAGGAUAGGACGAGUGGAGAGAUGAGGCUGCGCAGGAGUUUCAUGGUCAUCGAAAACCUCUUUGCGGACUGCGCGGGUGAGGGAGGUGGGGUGGAGCGGUUCGACUUGAAAGGCAUACGAGAGAGGAGGGCAGCCCCGCGUACUACAGCGACGGGAGCGACAACUGCGGCCGGCAGCGCUGAGCCUACGAUUGUGGAAAGCGUCGGCCUUGGAGGCACGCCAGCUUCAGCUUCAGCUUCAGCUUCAGCUACAGCUACGACAGAGCAUAGCCGCGCCCGCGAAGCGGUCUACUGGGACGCGGACUGGAUCUCGACUCACGCCUCGACAGCUUACGUCCCCGCCUCCUCGCGCGCCCUCUUCCAUCAAGCGCUCCGAAAUGAUCUCGCAUUCCUAACCGCCGCAAACGUUAUGGACUUCUCCCUCCUCGUCGGCGUCACGAGUUCCGGCUCCAGCUCCUCCACUCACGACCAGGACGGCCCGCUCGCUGGCGCAGGCUCGCGGCGCCCCUCGAUCCGCGUCCGUAUCGUCGACUUCCUCUCUGCCUUCACGGUAGCGAAAGCCCUCGAGUCGUCGGGCAAGAAAGCGUGGAAGGGAGAACAAAGAGCUACCGUGCUGCCUCCGGAGCAGUACGCUGCGCGUUUCGAGGGGGCGAUGCGCGGAUACUUCGUAGGGGUGCCGGAGGGAUGGGGUGGGGAGCACGGCGUAGCCUCGCGCGAGAAGACGAAGGCGAAGAAAGAGGGGGGGGGGGAGACGGCCAGCGCUAGCGCUGGCAGUAGCGAGAAAGGCACGCAGAGGGGCAAGACUGACGAGCAGCAGCGCCAGAGAGAUGGAAGGACAGGGCUGCCCAGCGUUUUCUAGUCUCACUAACGAACAUGAUCAUGACCACGAGCACUACGAG